AAUAAAUUUUGUCAGAAUUAAUUCAGAAAAAAUUUAUUGUUAUCUUGAAUUGUCGAAACGCCGAUAUUUAAGUAAAUAGACAAAAAAAUGAUCUUUGCUGCUGUAAAAUCAAAUAAUGCCUAUCCAUUAGCUAUUCCCGUUGAUGUGUAUCUAGCGCGUAAUCUGAGAUCCAUUACAGAGUAUAAUAUAAUAGUACGAGGAAAGUAGACUUUCGUUCGUGGUACGGUAUUAUUUUAUCGUAGAUUUUAUACUUCGAUGUCUGUUCAAGUAUCAAACACAGAGCAGUGCUACGGGCUUUCUUUCGUCUUACUUUACAUUGCUUUGCGGUUUCCUUCAUGCAUGAACGAUGUUAGUUAGAAGGUGUUUUGUCUAUGAACAAGUUUCUUUCUCAUAUCUGAUCUAUUAACAAUCUGAUCCGAUGCCUUCUAUUUAUGAAAAAUUUAUAGUAUAAUCUGCUCUUGAUAUAUAGCAAGCGCAUGUGUUAAGUGAUGCUUUUAAUGUUGUUACACCAUUGUUAUUGGCUUUAUCACGUAAUAAAAGAAAGUGUUAAUUGUCGUACAACAAUUUUUUUCGACAUGAUGGCCAGUGGCAUCACUUAUAUGAUCGUAAUCAAACUUUUUGCUGAGCUAAUCUAAAUUUUAUCUGUAUUAAAGAGGGAAACUUUUCACUAAAUUAUCUUUUCUCUAACGUGAGAAAAAGAAAAAAAUUUCUUUUAUGAAUUUAUUUGUUUCAAAUAUGCCAGAGAAUAUAUAGUCUAAUUAAAUAUUUCUAAGAUUCUGUGACUUUUGUGGAAAGUAUAUAUACGACAUCAUGCUUCGCAAAGUAUUACAGUUUUUCUAAUAUUAAUGAUAAAUAAUCAUUCUUUCACUUGCAGAUACAUUUUGUUCCAAUAGUUUAAUACAAGAUUUAUUACGUCGGAGAAACAUGAUUCGUCGAAGUACACUCAUUUUCCUUUUAAUCAAAUUAAUUAUCGUUGUUUGUGUAAUAGAUCUACCAAAUUUGACGGUUAUCAGCUAUCCAAAAUCAGCAGCGUUUCUUAUUUAUAAAGGAGAAUUUUCACCGGCCGAUGAUAUAGUGAAUGUUAGUGUUAUGAUUCCAAUUACUCAUCACGGAUGUUAUAUGGUACCUGCUAAUGCAGCUGCUAUCAUUCCUCAAUGUCGGCAACAGCAUCAAGAAAAACGAUUUAUUUUAGACGGUAUUUCUCUCCUCACAGCAGGAGCUGCACUCGGUUUGGGUACAAGGAACGCAAUUGAAAUUAAAAAAUUGCAAACAAGAAUGAAAUACAUGAAGCAGACCGUACAAAUACAGAUGCUAAGCUUUUGCCAUGUUUGA